AUGUUUUACUGCUUUGGACUCAAUUUAAGAUCCCAAACCUCACCUAUUGUUGUUCUAAUUUCAGAUAAUGUUUGCGACUCACCAUCUUGUAUCCAUACCGCCUCAGAGAUCCUAAAAAAUAUGGAUUCAUCUGUUGACCCUUGCGAUGACUUUUAUAAAUUUGCUUGUGGUGGAUUUAUUAAAUCAACUAUUAUUCCCGAUCACGAUAUGCGGUAUGAUUCAUUUAGUGCUGGUGAAAAUCUAAUUUCAAACCAAUUGAGAAGAAGUUUAGAAGAUCUAAAUUCAACGGAUAUGCCUUAUGCAUUCAGGCUUGCAAAAACCCUUUACUCGAGUUGCAUGAAUAAAACUUAUAUUGAAGAACAAGGAUAUGCUCCUUUGAUGGAUAUUCUAAAGAAACUUGGAGGAUGGCCAGUACUAGAAGGAGAUACGUGGAACGAUCAUGAAUCUGAUUGGACGACAAUCGUCUCCAACCUCCGAAAACUGGGUUAUAGUUUAAAUACUUUACUAGGCUUUUCUAUCAAUCUAGAUCGUGCAAACAGUUCGAGGCGUGUUAUAUAUCUAGAUGAUCCUGUGCUUGGCUUAACACGACUAUACUUAGUACGAGGUUUUAAAGGUCAUAUUAUUGAAGAAUAUUACCGAUACAUGGUUGAUAUUGCGGUGAUUCUUGGUGCUGAUCGAAGACGCGCUGAAAAAGAACUUAUGGAUUCUCUUGAAUUUGAAAUGAAACUUGCCAAGAUUUCUUUGCCGGGUAUAUUUCAGCGUAACGCAACUUUACUGCACAAUCCAAUGACAGUUGCUGAAUUAUCAAAUGCAUACCCAAGUAUCUCUUGGAAAAAAUAUUUUAAUAGAGUUCUCGAGCCUUUCUACCAAUUUGACGAUAACGACACAGUGAUUGUUAGUUCUCCUCUUUUCAUGUCAAACUUUGAACAACUGAUGAAGGUAACAUCAAAAAGGAUACAAACUAAUUAUCUAAUAUGGCGUGCUAUUGCUUCAACUGUGGAGUACUUAAAUGAUGAAAUUCGUAAAAGACAACUUGAAUUUAAUGAAGUUUUGAAUGGUGAAACGGAUAGAGGACCUAGAUGGAAAGAGUGUGUUGCUACUGUCACCCGUAUGUUACCAAUUAGCAUUGGAGCGAUGUAUGUAAGAAACUACUUUAACAAAGACGCCAGAGAAAAUGCCAGAGACAUGAUUUUGGACAUACGUGAUCAGUUCAUGAAAACAUUAAAAACAGUUGACUGGAUGGAUGAAGAAACGAGGAAACAUGCUUUAGAUAAAGUUGCAUCUAUGACUAUCUAUAUUGCAUACCCUGAUGAGCUUUUAAAUGACACUAAAUUAGAUGGACUUUAUAAAAACCUAAAACUUGAUGAAAAUGCUUCAUAUUUAGGAAAUAUCUUAACUUCGUUCCUAUUUGACAGAGAAUACACCAUCAGCGAGUUGAAAAAACCCGUGAACAAGAGUGAUUGGGUAGGAUUUGGCCAUGCAACUAUGGUUGAUGCUUAUGCUUCAUUACUGGGAAACUCUAUUCAUUUCCCGGCUGGAAUUUUUCAAGGUAAUCUUUUUGAUAAAGACCGUCCAAAAUACUUGAAUUAUGGGGGCAUUGGGUUUAUAGUUGGUCAUGAAAUUACUCACGGCUUCGACGAUCAAGGGAGUCAGUAUGACAAAAAUGGUAAUCUAGUCGAUUGGUGGGAUCCAUCUACCAAAGAAAAAUACCUCAGGAAGGCUCAAUGUAUAAUCGAUCAAUACGACAAUUAUACUAUAAAAGAAAUCGGAAUGAACGUGGUAGGUUUUAGUACUCAAGGUGAAAAUAUUGCUGACAAUGGAGGUAUAAAACAAGCAUAUUUAGCGUAUAGAAAUUGGGCUGAUCAUCAUAAACAAGAACCAAAACUUCCUGGACUUCAUUAUACGCCAAGACAAAUGUUUUGGAUUAGUGCAGCAAACGGGUGGUGCGCUAAACUCCGACCUGAAUUCGCAUCACACAUUAUUGCAUCUGAUUCACAUGUUCAAGGAGAAUUCCGUAUUAUUGGAUCACUGUCUAAUAGGCCGGAAUUCGCUAAAGAUUUCAACUGUGCGUUAGGAUCAAACAUGAAUCCAAUAGAUAAGUGUUCUGUGUGGUAAUAUUUGUAUCAUACUGAGAAAAAAAUUUUUUU